AUGAUGCCUAAAGAGCUUCUAGAGGAAUGGUGAGAUGAGGAAAUAAGUCAAAAAUUUUCUAUUUUACACUUUUUCGUUCGCAGAAAUAUAGCUAUCUGCAUGCUUAUAAUUCCAAUUUUUGCUAUAUAUGACCUAAAUAGUUUGAGUCUCUGGCUUCAAAUAUUGAUAGUCAUGCUUUUUCAAGCAAUAUCUUGCAUUUUAGCAGACUAUAUCAACACAAAUGACACAAGUAAAAAAGCUUUAUUCGCAGUAUUUUACUCUGAGUUCUGCUGCUUUGGACUAUUUUAUCUUUCAUAUAACCAGAUGAGAGCCCAUGCAGCCCUUUUUGAAAUGUUUUGUGCAAUUCUUAUGAUGUCCUUUGAAAUUCCUUUAAUCCGAUGCAGCUGAAUAAAAUAUAUAGUAGCAAUCAAGCACGUGUUUAUAUGGCAUUAUAUUGGCUAUUUUAGAGAUAGUAUUGCUUAUGAUGGGAAUAUGAUUCCUCUUUUUUUUGCUGUGAUUUGUGUUUUUAUGUACAAUUACAUGACAAAUAUGAGGUCAAAAAGUUCUAUUGAAAGGUUUCUAAAUAGAAAAGGAAAAUCAAAAGCGAAGAUGAGACUUAGUGUUAUUGUUAAUGCUUUUCCAGAUGGGAUCUUUAUCAUUUCUGAUAAUCUUGAAAUUAUGUAUACAAAUGACAAUUUAUUGAAACUACUUGAUUGUGAGUCAGAAGAGUUUAGGCUUAGGAUUAUUAAAUGUUAAGAUCUCCUUACUUAGCUCUAUGCCCAUGGAAAGCCUUCGAAUAAUCAUAUUUAGCUGCGGGGUUUGUCAGCAUUAUUAAUAUAUUGCUCAGCUCUAUGAUGGCUGCUGCUUCCAGUUAGAGAUAAAUUCUCUAGCUAGCAUUGAUACCAACUAUACCCUCUUGGAUGUACUUGUGGGAGUGCCUUUUGACACUUAAUCUUCAUUACCGGAUGAUAGAGGCAAUUCCCAACCAUAAAAGGUACAAUAAUAAUGGUAGAUCAUGUUUUUGGCUUGGCUUUAGGCCCAGUCAAGGAUUCCAAGCUCUAAGCAUGUCCGGGAGAGAAUUGAUUGGUGAUGUUGCCAUUUUACUUGUGUGAUGAGAAGAGUUAAUUAGAAUUAUUUCUGAAAUCACUUAUUGUGAUGGCAAAAAAUAUUCGACUUUAUCAAACUCAAAUUUAUUGAUCGAAGAUUUACAAGCGAUCUUCAGGCAAAACGAUAGAAAUGAAUUUAUGCUUGGCAUUUCUUAUUUUAAAGGCAACAAUAUUGAGUGAAAAGGACUAAAAAUAAUAUGAGAAAACAAACAGGCAUUAGCAAUUAUUGUAAGAGAUGCAAAUCAUAUAAUUCAACUGGAGAGAUCUAUUUCUGAUAGCAAGGUUAAAACGGUUAUAUUGAGAUCAGUUUCUCAUGAAUUGAGAACUCCAAUUAACGCCAUUUCAUUUCUUGUUGAGGAUCUUCUGGAAAAGCAAAAUGAUAAUAUAAAGGAGGACUGAAAAGAAAAAUUGAAAAUUAUUUCUAUCUCUACAAAAUUGCUGCUUACACUGGUUAAUGAUUUGCUUGAUUAUAGCAGGAUGCUUUCUGGUGCGUUUUCAAUUAGAAAAUGUGAAUGCGAUUUAAGGAAUAUAAUAGAAAAUGCUUGAGAACUUAUCAAAUUGCAAGCACUGAAAAAAAAUAUUGAUUUGAUACUAAGAAUUGAUCCUACUCUUCCUGUUUAUAUAUACAGUGAUCCGUUGAGAUUAAGCCAAGUUCUAUUAAAUCUUCUUACUCCCAGCGAUAGAUGACAAACAAAAUACUCAUGAAUUUUUAUAAAUUAAAAAUUAUAAAAUGCUUUUAAAUGAACUAGGGCCUAAAUAAAAUAUUGGACAUAAUCGUUUAUUUCUUUCUAAAUCUUUAAAAUUAUUCUAAUUUAUUAAAAAUCAUUAAGUUAUUUCUUAAUUGAGGAGGCGAUAUUAGUAAUGCACUUAAAUUCACAUUGUGCGGAUCAAUAGAAGUUAUAUGUAUCUCUACAAUGUCAAACCAAUUAAAAAUUACAGUUAGAGACACUGGCAUCGGAAUCGACGAAAACCAAAAAAAUAAAUUAUUCCAAGAAUUCUGCUCAGAAGUCCUGCCUAUUUUAAAUCCCAACGGAUGCGGCUUAGGCUUGCACAUAUCAAAUAAAAUCGUAAAAGAGCUUGGAGGAAAUAUUAUCGAAGUCGAAUCCAAAAUUGGUCAUGGAUCUGCUUUUUCUUUCAAUAUAAACAUGUUUCACAACAGCUUGCCUUAUGAAAUAGCAUCAAAUGACUACGAUGAUCUCUUAAUGAGUGAAAUGCCUAACCUUGAAAUAGCGCUUACUCCCCCCCUCCGUGAGUGAACAAAAAAAUUUUGUUAAUUUUUUUUUUUAAAAAAAUUUAUAUAUAAAUUAUAAAAAUAAUUUUUUUUCGAAAUUUAAAAAAAAUCCUAAUUCGCAAAAAUUGGAAAGCAAAUAUUAAUUUAAUUUAUAAAAUUUAUGUUUUAAAAAGCAACUUGUUUUAAAAUUAAACAGAAUUAGCUCUAGAUUUCAUUAUAAUAAUUAUCACUUAUAUAUCCAUAAAAAAAUUUUUCUAUUAAAAAAAAUUUUUGUUCACUCUCUCGGAGGGUGGGUUUUUGGGCAAAAAAAAGCGAUUUUUCUAAUGGUUUUGUUUCACUCACGGAGGGGGGGAGUUAGUAAGUGUUUAAUUAUCAACAAAAUUAAUCUGCCUCAAAUCCUGAUCGCUGACGACAAUGACUUCAAUCGACUCAUUCUCAUAUCAUUAUUAUUGAAAAACGGAAUCCCUGCGCUAGAAGCUUGCACAGGUAAACAAGCUGUUGACAUAAUUUUAAAACAUAACGUAAAAGAGCAUACCUCAAUAAAAGUAAUUAUUAUGGACGUAGAAAUGCCACAGAUGAAUGGCUGGGUAGCUGCUCAAAAAAUCCAUGACAUGCAUUCUAAAGAAGAAAUCAGAUUUCUUCCAAAUAUAAUUGGAUAUACUGCAUAUAAUACAGAUGAAGAUAUUUCUAAUUGUUAUAAAAGUGGCAUGAAAGAAUGCUUGAUUAAGCCUUGCAGUUCAGAAAAAAUAAUUUCGACAAUUUUGAAAUACUCUUAA